UUGUAGUGGCAUAAUGUCUCCCCUUUAUCCACAAAUCAUUUGAAUGAAUACCGUUGAAAAGCGAUUCAGCAUUACAUAAUUAGUAUAUGUGUAAUCAUAGGCGGUACUCUGUCCUCGAUCUGUUUCUCUGAAGUCCGUGACUCCCAUGUGGCUGUUUUUAGACGCGAGCCUGUUGUCUAAACGCGCGCACAAAUCCUGGAUAUAAACCCCCCGUGUACCCAACGAGAACAAAUACACACUCCUCCACACAGCCCGUGCCUGAGCACGUCAUUCACUCUCAACUUAAAACCAGGAUGAUGAGGAAUUACAGACGCUCCAGAGACGGACAAAACAAAGACGGGGCAGUUUGCAUGACCAACUGUCCCACCCUCAUUGUGACCGUGGGCUUGCCAGCGAGAGGAAAAACCUACAUCUCUAAAAAACUUACACGCUACCUCAACUGGAUUGGUGUACCAACAAAAGAAUUCAACGUGGGAGAGUAUCGGAGGGAUUGUGUGAAAAUCUACAAGAGCUUUGAAUUUUUCUGUCCUGAUAAUGAGGAAGGGCUGAAGAUAAGGAAGCAGUGUGCUUUAACAGCACUCAAUGAUGUCAGGCAGUACCUCAGUGUUGAGGGUGGCCAAGUUGCUGUGUUUGAUGCCACAAACACAACCAGAGAAAGGAGGAACACAAUCAUGAGAUUUUCUGACCAAAAUGGAUAUAAGGUGUUUUUUGUGGAGUCUUUGUGUGAAGACCCCAAGGUUAUUGCAGAGAACAUUGUGCAGGUGAAGUUGGGCAGUCCAGACUACAUUGACUGUAACACUGAAGAAGCCAUCCAGGACUUUAUGAAGAGGAUCAACUGCUAUGAGAACAGUUACCAACCACUGGAUGAAAAUCUAGACAGAGAAUUGUCAUACAUUAAAAUAAUGGAUGUGGGCCAGCGGUAUUUGGUGAACCGUGUGCUCGACCACAUUCAAAGCAGAAUCGUUUAUUAUCUGAUGAACAUUCACAUCACACCACGCUCCAUCUACCUCUGUCGUCAUGGAGAGAGUGACCUUAACAUAAGAGGUUGCAUUGGUGGGGAUUCAGGCCUGUCAACCCACGGGAAAGAGUUUGCUCGGUGUUUGGGCCAGUUUAUUCAGGACCAGAAUAUAAAGGAUCUUAAGGUGUGGACCAGUCAGAUGAAGAGGACUAUUCAGACCGCUGAGGCACUGGGUGUACCAUAUGAACAGUGGAAAGCACUCAAUGAGAUUGAUGCUGGCGUUUGUGAGGAGAUGAUGUAUGAGGAGAUUCAGGAACAUUAUCCUCUGGAGUUUGCCCUAAGGGACCAGGACAAGUAUCGUUACCGUUACCCUAAAGGAGAGUCAUAUGAGGAUCUGGUCCAACGUUUGGAGCCUGUCAUUAUGGAGCUGGAGCGACAAGAGAAUGUUUUGGUUAUUUGCCAUCAGGCUGUGAUGCGCUGUUUGCUUGCUUAUUUCCUGGACAAGAGUGCAGAAGAGCUGCCGUACCUGAAAUGCCCCCUACACACCGUUCUGAAGCUCACCCCUGUGGCCUAUGGCUGUAAAGUAGAGUCGAUCUAUUUAAAUGUGGAGGCAGUGAACACUCACAGAGACAAACCUGAGAAUGUGGACAUCUCCCGUCUGGCAGAAGAGGCCCUUCUCACUGUUCCGGCCCACUAUUGACCCAUGACAUCACAUUGCAUACAUCAGCAACACUCCUAUUAGGCUAUUCCAUCCUUUGUCACUCCUCUCAUUGGUUUCUAUGUGCUGAGGACCAUUGGUCAGAAUUUCAGUUAUGAGUCCUGAAGAUUAGCAACUUUAGGGCUCAUAUUUUCUCCUCUCUUGAUUACCAGAUAGGUAACUGGAAUCCAGUUAAUGAUUAUUAACCCUAGUGUUGGGGUGUGAGUGUGUGGUUGUUCAUACAUGUAGGUCAGAUCUGAAAGCAAUUUAAUUUCCUGAAGAAUUUUCUUUCUGUAUUUUUCUUCUGAAGAUUUUUUUUUUUUUGCUGGAAUCAAUGACAUAAUUUGUUUUGAAACUGGGAUAAAAUAAUUGUAGACAAGUGUGUAUCUUCUCACAUACUGACUGUUCAAUGGAAGACUUUUGAUUUAUUUAAUAUACCAUUUCUUUUUCUACUUUUUGAAUUGUUUUUCUUUCUUUUUUUUUUUUAACCUUUCCUUGGACAAUAUUUUACAUCUUAAAGGGUUGGUUCACCCCAAAAUUAAAAAUCUGUUCUCAUUUACUCACCUGGAUGUCGUUCCAAAUACAUAUAGCACUUACUUUCCUCCCUGACAGAUUCAGUUACCAUUCACUUUCAUUGUAUGGAGAGAAAUCAAAUAUGAAAGGGAAUUCUGAGUAAGGCUAUCGGUCCCUAACAUUGUGCCUAACAUCAUCUUUAAUCUUUACAAAAGAAAGGUCAUGCUGGUUGAGAAUGACAUGAGGAUGAGAAAAUAACAACAGAAUUUUCAUUUUUUGGGAGAACUAUCCUUUUAAUCAUUCAGAGAGAGGUUGUGGGCUAGAUAAAGGGCUUUUGUGGUCAUUUAAUACUAAAUGUUGCUCAUAGAAACAUCUUGGAAUACAUUUAUUGUAUUAAAAAAUGACUGCAAAUGUAUCAUUGCACUUGAAGUUUACUUUGUACAGUGUUUCUGAAACCAGCUAAAUAUCGCAUUUCAUCAAAAGCAUUUGAUUGUUGGAGGAACCAUUUUAUUUAGAAAGAAUCACCAGCCAUUAGUUUGCUAAUGGAUCUGAAUCGUGAUCCAUGAUGUAGAGAUUUUGAGACUGUGAUUUGCUGAACAAUCGAAAGUGUCCAGAAAAGUCUGUUUAGGAAGCACAGUGUUACCAUGCAGCUUCAAAUAUAUUACCUCCAAUACAUUUCCUGCAAAAGCCAAAAUCAAUGUUUACAUUUUUUUUAAAGCCUUGUUACAACAGCAGGCUAAUUUCCUCUUUUUUUUCUUUUUGUUUUUGCAUGUUAAGCAUACUUGUACUUUUUGUAAUUGUUUUUUUGUUUGUUUUGCACAAUAGCAUAUACUUUAUUGUACUUUUGAAAUUGAUUGAUAUGUGCUUAAAGUUUAUCUUUGGUAUACUCUACAGUCUACAAUGUUUAUGUAGAUCGAGUGAAAUGUUUUAAUCUCUAUCAUGAUCAUGUUCAAUAACUGGAAUUUUUUAAUGUUUUUCUAUUAUUUGAAGAGCACUUCUGAGAACCAAGUGAAAAGAGCUCAGUGAAUUUGUAAUGAAUGUUUUGAGGGUCUUGUCUGUCUGAGUUCAGCUGACUAUGCUAAUGUUUGAAAGUUUAUGGUUCUCAAAUUAGACGCACAAUGUGAUAUGUUUUAGGAGUUCAGACAUUAAAUCAUUCUAAAAGUCAUCUA